GAAGGGGCCAUCCCCAAACUGUUCCCACAAAGUUGGGAGCAUGAAAUUGUCCAAAAUGUCUUGGUAUGCUGACGCCUUAAGAGUUCCCUUCACUGGAACUAAGUCUUUAGCUAUUGAGUCUGUAGACAAUUGGUGCCUUUCGGCGCACUGUGCGCUUCAGCUGAGUUGCUGUCGUUCCCAGUUGCUUCCACUUUGUUAUAAUCCCACUAACAGUUGACCGUGAAAUAUUUAGUAGCCAGGAAAUGUCACAGAUGGACUUAUUGCACAGGUGACAACCUAUCACGGGACCACGUUUGAAUUCACUGAGCUCGAGAGCGACCCAU